CCCUGACAGCAUCCAUACACAACAGUGCGCUGUCUCUGUUCCAGGGAGAAUAUCAGCUCUGCACAGGGAGGAGAGGAUUAGCGCAACCACUCAGCUCAUCUGCAUAUACGUUCCCAGAGAACCACAUGAGCACCCAAGGCUGCACCUCUUUUGUAUAAAACCUGGCACUCCUAUCACAGAGGCUCCACUUGAUCUACUCUCACUGCUGUGAGAUCAUUUGAUAGAAAGCACUGUUAUUUUUUUUUUCUUUUGGACUCUUUUGAAUGAUUUAUAGAAUUUAAAUUUGCAUUUUGUUGCCUGCAAUGUCUCUGUUUAACUGGGACAAUGCAAGUAAUGCUGUUUGACAUACACUUGCUCUGAACAUCAAGGAGUUUACCCUUCAUUUUUUUGGGGACUUUUUCCACUGGGUUUGUUUCUUCAUCUGGUUUGGAAGACUACAGCUCCAGAAUGCCAUCUAGAGAGUCCUACGAGGUUAACAAGGAAGAGAAGCAUCUGGUGCAAAAGGCCAAGCGAGAGGCCAAUCAGGAGGAUAUUCUGGCGGCAGCUCUGGGAAUGAGGAUGGGGCCACAAAAACCUUCAGCCACUUUCUGGCAGCCACUUAAACUGUUCGCCUAUUCGCAGCUCACCUCGCUGGUUCGCAGAGCCACGCUGAAGGAGAGCGACCGGACGCCCAAAUCUGAGAAAGUCCACAACUUCAAGGUCCAUACCUUUCGGGGGCCUCACUGGUGCGAACACUGUGCCAGCUUCAUGUGGGGACUGAUGGCUCAGGGGGUCAAAUGUGCAGAUUGUGGUUUGAAUGUCCACAAACAGUGCUCGUCUCUGGUGCCCAACGACUGCAAGCCGGACAUGAGACACAUCCGUAAAGUUUACAGCUGCGACCUGACAACCCUGGUGAAAGCGUAUAAUACAGCCCGACCCAUGGUGGUGGACAUGUGCAUACGAGAGAUUGAGUCCAGAGGACUGAAGUCAGAAGGCCUCUACAGAAUAUCUGGAUUCAGCGAUUCGGUGGAAGAAGUCAAGAUGGGAUUUGACAAAGAUGGCGAGAACACAGACAUCUCAGUGAACGCCUAUGAAGACAUCAAUAUCAUCGCGGGUGCGCUCAAACUGUACCUCAGGGAUUUGCCUGUUCCUGUUAUCUCAUAUGAUGCCUACCCCAGGUUCAUCGAGGCUGCAAAGCUCGCAGAUCCGGAGAAGAAGCUGGAAGCUUUCCGCGAAGCUCUCGCCCUGCUGCCGCAAUCACACAGUGAAACUCUCAAGUAUCUCAUGGCCCACUUAAAAAGGGUGACGCAGAAUGAGAAAUUCAACCUGAUGAACGCGGAGAACCUCGGCAUUGUUUUCGGGCCCACCCUCAUGCGUGCACCCAACCUGGACGCCGUCACAGCACUGAAUGACAUCCGCUACCAGAGACAGGUGGUGGAGGUGCUCAUUAAAAAUGAAGAGGUGCUCUUCUAAAACGCACAUCAGGACUUUUAUAGAACAGCUCUCUAAUCAUUCUUUUGUGUAAAGACUUGAAAUGACUGUUUCUAUUCCACUGAUACAUUUUUUUUAAAUGCCUUGUGUAUGGACUAGUGCUGACCUAACAUCUGUCCUCCCCUGUAACUGGGCGCUGGAUGAUGAACCUUACACUUGUACGUACUUUACGUCUCCCCAUUUUUGUCGGGGGAUUCUCAGAAGCCGACAGACCAGCAUGCAUGGUGCAGGGUCUUUGUUGCUUUGUAGUUGUAACCCAGCAUGUGUUAAGAUCGUGUAGCGCCGUGAUUUUUCUUUUGUCUGUUCCGUAGUAGGUUUUUUCCACAUUCCCAGCUGCCUGCAGCGCAGUUAUUUCUGUGAAACUUUGUAUAGCUGGAUGUAAAAAAUAAGCUACUAAUUUUUUCGGGGGUAAUUUUUAUGAUGCUGUAUUUUUUUAUCUCCUCAAAUGUUUGUAUGUCACCUGCAGUUCUUAGCUGAAUGAGCCUUUUCCUCUUAAUGUGUUCGCACUGGUGCAUUUUGCCUGACCUUAACAUUUUUAUUGUGUUAUAAGCAGCAUUAUUUGUGAAUUACAUUUUUUACUGUAAUGUUUUUGUACACAAUUUGUGCAUGAUCACUUUAAUUUAUUAAACCUUACUCUGAGAAAUUAAGUGCAUAAUGAGUUGUCUGAAUUGCUAUAAUAAAAAUCAACAUUUAAUUUGUGA